AUGGCAUCCGCAGAAGCUCUAGCAACUCUGCGCGAGUUGCAGUCGCGCCCGGAUAAUAGGGUGAAGUUGCAUUCGGGCUUCCUAGGUAAACACCAGAUUUUUACUGGUAACUAUCCUAUUAUCCCCAUUACAGUAUCAUACGGCAUAUUCAUGUGCCUGGAAUGCAGUGGACGACAUCGGGGUUUGGGUGUUCAUAUCAGCUUCGUCAGAUCGGUAACGAUGGAUUCUUGGUCUCCCGAGCAGCUAAAGAAAAUGCAACUAGGUGGCAAUGCUAAGUUGAACGCCUUCUUAAAGCAGUACGGAGUGGAUAAGAGCACGGACAUCAAAGAAAAAUAUAAUACUCGCGCGGCCGAGUUUUACCGCGAGAAGUUGCGUGCUAGUGUGGAGGGACGAGAAUACACGCCGCCGCCACCGUCUGAAGUGGGGGCCCCGGUCCCGGCCGCCAGGACAGCUAUCCCGAAGGCGCCAGCGACAAACCGCAAGGAUGAUGCCUGGGGUGACUGGGGUGAUCAGGCGGCUGACGGUGGAGCCUCGGCGGCAUCGAGCGGAUUUACAAGUCGCAGCGAGUAUACCCGGGCGCAGUUGGAAGCAUCUGCUGCAGGAAAAGAGUCUUAUUUCGCUCGGAAGAUGCAGGAGAAUGCCUCCCGGCCUGAGGGUGUCCCUCCCAGCCAGGGUGGGAAGUAUGUAGGGUUCGGCUCCGCACCACCUCCUCGCCUCAAGGCCCAAGGUGGCGUGGAUGACUUGACCCAGUUAUUGUCGUCUACGUUCACCACGGUAACAAAAGCUGCCGAGACUGCAGCCAAGACGGCUACGCAGGUUGUUAAAAGCGGCUCGGCACAGUUGAGCCAGACAUUGCAGGAGAAACAAGUCGGGGAGGCCCUGAGCCACAACGCCAAAGUUAUUAGCGAGAAAGCAGCGCACGCAGCGCAGUCUGGCUUUGCGGCCCUGAGCGGGUUGUAUGCUAAGGUGGCGUCGACGGUGGAACAUGCGGCACGACAGCAAGGCAUUGCCGUGGACCUCGGCUCCCAGCGGGCUGCGGUGGUGGCAUCAACCAGCAGCGGCGCUGGGGCAACGUCGAGCAGUGUCGCACAGGGUCGCUGGGGCGACAAGUCUGAUUAUGCAGCACUGCCCACGAGCUCGCAACAGCUCAACUCUGCUCAAAUCCCGUCUAGCUCCUGGCAGAACCGUCGAGCAACCAGCCGCUCAACCCCUUCGGCGGGCGAAAAACAAGAUGGUGGAAGUUUUUCAGGCUUUGACGCGGAGGAGGCCGAUGGCGAUGGUUGGGGUGAUUGGGGCAAGGAUGGAAGCAAGGCGUCCGCAUCGACCCGCUCCUCCGGCCCUGAACAAAUAAUCCCCGCCGCGUAUACAAAAGCAACCGGACCCGCACACAAGUCGAAGAGCAUGCCCGUGCUGAACAACGCCGUCCGGGAUUCGGAUGGAGAGGAGGAGUGGGGAAAAUGGUGACCGCCGCGGCAACCAGGGCUGGCAGGGCUGAAGUGUGAAGGUGCAGGGCGAUUCAUUUGCAGCUUUGGGGUUCACGUUCACUCCGUGUGGUGCAGGGCAGGAUGCCAUGGAGCUUUGACCGUUGGCUUCAUAUUUAGUGACCGCAUUUUGAGGUUCCUACGGAUUUUAUUUGGAUGUGUCUUGCUGCCUGAUGUCUAUGAUCUCAUGGAAGGCUGUUGAUGGUCUCAAGGUCACAUGCUUGCCCUGUGGAAUUCACAUACACAUGUUUCUGCGCAUAUGAAGCUUCCCUCCAUGGUACGGCAUAGCAGGAGUGCCCACUUGACCUGGGCAUCAGCGUACGGGCGCAGGUGAAAUUGGUGCUGGUUUCGCUUCGUGGGCACCUUAUAUCGACAUCAUUGUUCGCUUAAUACCCACUUGGAGAUGUAGGGGACCCACCCCUGGAAUGUUGGCGGCCUAUGCCGUUUGCCAACCUUAGGCCACAAGGCCACUUGUCAGAUGCUUCAUGGGCUCAUCGGCUGUUCCUAAGCCUAGCUGAUGCGUGGCCUGAAGUCGUUAAGCCAGCCUUGUAUGUAUGACAUGGUGCUCGACGCUGUUUGGACCGCGAGGGGGAAUAGAUUAGUCAGGUUUUCAUGCAAGAUAGGGGAAAGUUAGUGGCAUACAAAUCUUUCCAUCGCAACAGCUGAUUUCGUCGAAUGUGACCAUAGCCCGUCAAGGUGGUAAGCGACUCUGUAGCAAAACGUGGCCAGCAUGGUACUUGACGUGCUAGGAAAAGAAAGCACUUGCCUAUAUGGGUCAUUCGUGCGUAUGGUGGGGAUUUCUGUGUUGUAUGCGACCGUUUGCUGCCGCAGCCCCGUUCCAGUAAAUGCAGCACUCCUGCAUCGCAAGAGCAGUUUCCUUUCCGUUAAUGGAAUUUGGUUAUUGAGCUUAGCUCCUACAAGCCUAUAUUGUCACAACAGUUUUUGUUAUAAUGUUUACCGUG